UUCUGAAGGCGCCAAGAGAUCAGCAGCAUGAUCUAUCCUCUCUUCAAGGUUGGAAGUGUCGGCCGCUUCAGGGGAGACUGGACUUCCCUGCUCUCUGUAUCCUGGUUGGGUGGGAGAACAUAUUCUAGCUUUGAGAUAUCGACCUUUUCUCUGGGCCAUGGGCUUGCUUGCACUUCCGGAGGCGCCAUAAAUGGCAAAUCUUGUAUCUUAUCGUCAACGUGCUAUGUUUCAACCCCUACGUUUGGCCCGGGGGAUUCUUCCGUUUCUGAAGCCGUCAUGGACUGACAUAACUUUAUACCUUCUCCUCAACGUUGGAGAUUUCCAUCCUUUCACAAAACCCUGCGAUUGUGUGCACUUCUGAAAUUUGCAUUUGUCUUUUACAACUUGUUCUACAUUUUCCACGUUCUUCGAGAUGUCUUCGGCCCGUCACCCUUUGAAUCGCAUUCGCUACUGUCACCUCACCGUCCGGGAUUUCGUCGCCUUCACUGAGCCCUGGAGUCGUCUGCACUUCUGAAGGAUCAUGGUCUGUGCUGCCUCUUCUUCUGUCACCUCGACCUUCGAGACUUCGUCCCUCUCACAAGGUCCCUGAGACGCCUGCACUUCCGAAGAGUACAUGAACUGAACAAAAUCUUCUAUUGUCUAAUCAUCCUCCAAACGUUACUCUCUCUUUGAGCCCCUCAUUUUACGGAUGUCUACUCCUCUGAACGAGUACUGGACGAAGUGGAAUUUUCCGCCAUCAACUCAACCUCCAAGUUUUCGUCUGUCUGAGAAUCACUCAUAACUGGCAAUAUUUGCCCUUCAGAACAAAUCCUGGACGAAGGAGAUUCUUCUGCUGUCAACUCAACCUCCGAACCUUCGUGACGAUCAUCAAGUCUGGAAUACAUCUGCUAUUCUGAACGAGGAAUGGGCGAAGUAGAAUGUUCUGUUGUAAGCUCAAGCUCCAGAGUUUCGUCUCGGUCUCGAAGUCCUGAGGAUGAGAGCUCUUCUGCACGAGUCAUGGACGAUGUCGCAUUGUCUGCUGUCAAUCCAAUCUCCAAUCUGUCACAGAACGAGCCUGAACGGAGCAGACUUUCCCACUGUGACUGUCAUCUCAACCUUAACUACUUCGUCUCCCUCCCAAAGUCCUGGAGUCGCCUGUUCUUCUGAAGGGGUCACUACCUAAACGGAAGCUCCUUCAUCUCGACAUUUGAUUUGCCGUCUGCUCUUCGUGACUGCAUUAUCUGGAGCUCAGUCCGUUCUUUUCCGCUUUCUGGAAUUGGGUACAAUUUGAGAUAGAGAAAGAACGGACCACUCAGACCUUUGCCAAUCGGUGAUGACAAGCCCAUCGGAGUUGACUGAUAGAAUUAAAAUUUGGACUGAAUUGCAGAGUUGGCUCAUCAAUAUUCUUCAUGUUCUCUCUUACUUCCAAGGACUUUCAGUCUUUUGGAGACUUGAAGGCCAUGAAAGUUUGAACUCAUUUCAAGCUUGCGAAGUUGAAGAAGUACCAGGAGGUGUGCUUGUAACUCGUUAGGCUGCGAGGGCAGAGUACAUAUGACUCGAAACAAAAGUGUAAUCAAAGUAACAUCAGAAUGGACAAACGCUCCAAAUUUGACGAAUAGUAUGAUUCUUGUUGCGCUCCGGAGGUACAAUUCAACAGGCUUUUAUUCAGGCAGACUGGAUGGUCCUGAAAAAUGUUUUUAUGCUGGGGAAUAUUCGGCGUUUGUAGUCCAACGGUUAGGAUAAUUGCCUUCCAAGCAAUAGACCCGGGUUCGACUCCCGGCAGACGCAGAAUAACUCAGCGGAGAGUCCCUUUUCUCCACGGCCGAACCCUAUACUGUACUUGGACAGGAAUUUUGGAUCCUGUAGUCUGCUCGGGUUGCUCGGGUUGGUCUCCGGACAUGUUCGAUUUCGAAAUUUCACAGGUUUGUUUCUUACAUGUUGUGCUAAAUUCUCUUGGAACCAUACUUGUGAAAGUAAUUACCAUCCCCCUGGGGACUAAGAUUUCUAACGCAAUGAUCAAUGAUUUGGUAAUUGAAACCUACCAGAAUAAACCCGCUAAUCAAACCAACAACGUGGCGGUCGAUCUCGUACGUUCCGCUCAAUUCAUGGCUAGGCAUAAUUUCAUUCAAGAAAUGUCCUGAUCAAGAAAAGAGUUGUAGUUCUUCGUUAUCAACAGUUCAGGGACAACCAAUUUGAGGGUAUUUGAGACGAACUGUUCACAGAACGAGAGAAGAUAUGUUUUGACUCUUACUCCGACUUCCAAGUGAACACGGUCUUUCAAGAAAAAAGCUCCGACGAGAACUCCUACAUUCUGAAGAUGCUCUCAGCAGCCUUUCUUCCUCCACUUCCUAAUUAUCAUUCAUAGACAGCGCGGGCUACAUCGAUAUUGUACUAUCGAAGAUUUAUAAUAGUACAGUUCAGAUCCUAAUAUUAUU